UCAGCCAGCGCCGGUUGGUAGCCUAAAGGAGGGUUUGGCUGAAAAACCAACGGUGCAGCUGGUGGUGGUGUCCCCUAAGUUGAGGGGACCCGGAGUUGGCUGGAGGGAGGACGGGACGGUCCCCCCUAUCCGGAGCAGCGGGUGACAGCAACGGAGACAAUGAGAAGGAUGAUUUAGAGAUUGGCCUUAAGGAGGGACCCUCCCUCCGGCGCGGGAAUGCAAUGUUGAUUCUGGGGCAUUGACGUUUUACAAUGCCUGAUCAAGACAAAAAGGUGAAGACCACAGAAAAACCAACCGAUAAAAAACAGCAAGGGAUCACCACCAGGGACUAUUCAGAUCUUAAAAGACUUCGGUGCCUUUUGAAUGUUCAAUCAAGCAAACAACAGCUUCCAGCCAUUACCUUCGAUAGUGCCCAAAAUAGCAUGACGAAGUCUGAGCCCGCCGUCAAGGAGGGUGGACACAGACCUCGAGGUCAGUGGCACGAGUCCACAGAAGCUGUUGAACUUGAAAAUUUUAGUAUAAACUACAAGAAUGAGAGGAAUUUCAGCAAACAUCCCCAGCAUAAACUAUUUCAGGAGAUCUUUACAGCCUUGGUGAAAAAUAGACUCAUAUGCAGAGCGUGGGUACACCGAGCCCCAUCUAUUCAUUUUCUGAGAGUAUUAAUUUGUCUGCGACUACUAAUGAGGGAUCCAUGUUAUCAGGAAAUACUCCAUAGCUUGGGUGGGAUUGAAAACCUGGCUCAGUACAUGGAGAUUGUGGCUAAUGAGUACCUGGGCUAUGGUGAAGAGCAGCACAGCGUGGACAAGCUGGUCAACAUGACAUAUAUUUUUCAGAAACUUGCUGCUGUCAAAGACCAAAGAGAAUGGGUCACCACAAGCGGAGCCCACAAGACGUUAGUGAAUUUACUUGGUGCCCGAGAUACGAAUGUUCUUUUGGGCACCCUUCUCGCCCUGGCUAGUUUAGCUGAAAGUCCAGAAUGUAGGGAGAAGAUAAGUGAACUCAAUGUUGUAGAAAAUCUGCUGAUGAUUUUACAUGAAUAUGAUUUGCUCUCCAAAAGACUAACUGCGGAGCUGCUGCGCCUACUGUGUGCCGAGCCCCAGGUGAAAGAGCAGGUCAAGCUCUACGAGGGCGUCCCCGUCCUCCUCAGUCUGCUGCACUCUGACCACCUGAAGCUGCUCUGGAGUGUCGUCUGGAUCCUGGUGCAGGUUUGUGAAGACCCCGAGACCAGCGUGGAAAUCCGCAUCUGGGGAGGUCUCAAGCAGCUGCUUCAUAUCUUACGAGGAGAUAGGAAUUUUGUUUCUGAUCGCUCUUCCAUUGGAAGCCUGUCUAGUGCAAAUGCAGCAGGCCGAAUCCAGCAGCUCCAUCUGUCAGAAGAUUUAAGUCCUCGGGAAAUACAAGAAAAUACUUUCUCUCUUCAAGCAGCCUGCUGUGCUGCCCUCACCGAACUCGUGCUCAAUGACACCAACGCCCACCAGGUGGUCCAGGAAAAUGGUGUAUAUACAAUAGCAAAAUUAAUUUUACCAAACAAACAAAAGAAUGCAGCAAAGACUAAUCUAUUACAGUGUUACGCUUUCAGAGCCUUGAGGUUUCUCUUCAGUAUGGAAAGAAACAGACCACUCUUUAAAAGGCUCUUCCCCACCGACUUGUUUGAGAUCUUCAUUGAUAUAGGACAUUAUGUUCGUGACAUCAGUGCUUAUGAAGAAUUGGUAUCAAAGUUGAAUUUAUUAAUGGAUGAUGAACUGAAGCAAAUUGCUGAAAAUAUUGAAAGCAUUAAUCAGAAUAAAGCUCCUUCGAAAUAUAUAGGCAACUAUGCAAUUUUGGAUCAUCUUGGAAGUGGAGCUUUUGGCUGUGUUUACAAGGUUAGAAAGCAUAGCGGUCAAAAUCUUUUAGCAAUGAAAGAGGUCAAUUUACAUAACCCAGCAUUUGGAAAGGAUAAAAAAGAUCGCGACAGCAGUGUGAAGAAUAUUGUUUCUGAACUAACCAUAAUUAAAGAGCAGCUCUAUCAUCCCAAUGUUGUACGCUAUCACAAAACAUUUCUGGAAAAUGAUAGGCUCUAUAUAGUUAUGGAGCUUAUAGAAGGGGCCCCUCUUGGAGAGCAUUUCAGUUCUUUGAAGGAAAAACAACAUCAUUUUACUGAAGAAAGACUAUGGAAAAUAUUUAUUCAGCUGUGCUUAGCUCUUCGGUACUUACACAAGGAGAAGAGGAUUGUCCAUAGAGAUCUGACGCCAAACAACAUUAUGUUGGGGGAUAAGGACAAAGUAACGAUUACUGACUUUGGCUUGGCAAAGCAAAAACAAGAAAACAGUAAACUCACAUCUGUUGUUGGAACAAUCCUGUAUUCCUGCCCUGAGGUACUGAAGAGUGAGCCAUAUGGGGAGAAGGCUGACGUCUGGGCAGCAGGCUGCAUCCUUUAUCAGAUGGCCACUCUGAACCCCCCCUUCUAUAGCACCAACAUGCUCUCCCUGGCUACAAAAAUAGUGGAGGCGGUAUAUGAGCCAGUGCCAGAAGGCGUCUACUCUGAAAAAGUGACAGAUACCAUCAGCAGGUGCCUCACUCCUGAUGCAGAAGCCCGCCCAGAUAUUGUAGAAGUCAGCUCCAUGAUAUCGGAUGUCAUGAUGAAGUAUUUAGACAGCUUAUCUAUAUCCCAGCUGGCCUUGGAAAAGAAACUGGAACGGGAGCGGAGGCGCACACAGAGGUAUUUUAUGGAAGCCAACCGGAACGCCGUCACAUGUCACCAUGAGCUGGCUCUGCUGUCACACGAAACCUUUGAAAAAGCCAGUCUGAGUAGCAGCAGCAGUGGUGCAGCCAGCCUGAAAAGUGAACUGUCUGAAAGCACAGACCUGCCCCCUGAAGGUUUCCAGGCCCCCUCUGGUAAAGAAGAAGACAGAGCCUGUGAGGAAAUCCUGUCGGAUGAUAACUUCAACUUGGAUAAUAUCGAGAAAGAUAUAUAUUCCGAGGUAGACGAUGAAUUGGACAUUUCGGAUAACUCCAGCAGCUCCAGUUCAAGCCCUCUGAAGGAGUCUACAUUCAGAAUUUUAAAGAGAAGUUUUAGUGCUUCAGGAGGAGAAAGACAACCCCAAAUAAGGGACUUCACCGGGGGAGUAGGAUCAAGACCAAGACCAGCUUUGCUGCCUCUUGACCUGCUUCUGAAAGUGCCACCCCUUAUGCUCAGGGCCCACGUAAAGGAGAUAGAGGCCCAGCUAGUGAUGGGGUGGCAGUCCCAUAGUCUUCCUGCUGUGAUUCUUCGCAAUCUCAAAGAUCAUGCAUCUGCAGGGAUUGCUGUGUCCCAGAGGAAAGUUCGCCAGAUCAGUGAUCCUAUCCAGCAGAUCUUAAUUCAGCUGCACAAAAUCAUCUACAUCACACAGCUUCCUCCAGCUUUGCACCACAAUUUGAAAAGAAGGGUCAUAGAGAGAUUCAAGAAAUCCCUCUUCAGCCUGCAGAGCAACCCUUGCAAUUUGAAAUCUGAAAUUAAAAAGGCCUCCCCAGCAGUUUUGAUUUGGAGGAGGGAAUAACAUAUGAGCAGAUGCAGACUGUGAUUGAAGAAGUCCUAGAGGAAAGUGGUUAUUACAAUUUUACUUCGA